AUUUCAAGAGGAGUUUAAAUGAGACAUGCGCAGAAAUGCAGUGACAGUCCCACACUUGUCAGCCACCUCAGCUUUUGGUCAGACUGCAUCCCUACCCAGGUGCCAUGAUGUGUACACCUGUGUUCCUGGUCCUACUGGCUUUGGCUGUCACCCGGGCGACAGCAGCUGGUGUGGUCAAGAGGUCUGAUGACACCGACCCUCUGGAGGUUGUGGUUCAUCAGCAAACCAGCCUCAUUCAGAACCUUCAGGCUGAUUUACAGGCCCUGAGGUCAGAACUGCUGGCAGUCAAGUCAGCGACUCAAGUUCAAGUGGCCUUCAGUGCACGAUGUACGGCUAAUACAGUAAACAUCGGUGAUAACGGACCAGUCAUCUUCGACGCAGUCGUCACUAACGUGGGCAAUGGCUACGACCCUAGGACAGGCGUGUUCACUGUUCCAGUGCCUGGUGUUUAUCUUUUCUUUUUAAACCUGAUGAAAGAUGCAGCACACAGUGCCAUUGAAGUGUUCCUGUAUAAGGGCGACACUGUUCUGUGUUCAACCCGCAUGUCAGACCAGACAGACGGCGAUGGAACCGGAACCUGCGUGAGUGCUGCUCACCUUCAGACAGGUGACAGAGUGUUUGCAAAACAUGCUUUUGGUGACGUGUAUCUUCACGGAACGGCUGCCUGGUCCUCCUUUGAUGGAGCUCUAGUGUCCGCAGACCGCUAGUUCCUCAAAUCCCUCUGCAACGCUUCUGUAGACUGCUGUUGACGACUUCAGUGACAUGCUUGUUCUCUCUCUCUCUCUUGCAUAAUCCCAUAAAAGUACUCCCAAUCUAAUAAUUGUCUUUGCUUUAACAUUAAUUUCCCUUAAGGAGAAUGUUUACAUGAAAUAAACCUGCUUGCUUCUUGC